GAGCACGUCACUCUCCUGUGCUGUUCGUGCGGUGCAGGUUGAAUGCGCGGCGACAAAGUAACUCCAGCAAUCGCUGAGAGUAAAUGGAGAGAAGUUGAACCUUAAUCGCGCAAGUCCGUAUAGAUUUAUUUUUUAUGUAUCCGUAACCUUUCACUAUUGGGAUUGUAAGUCAUUUCAAAGUUUUAAAACUGUUACCUCAAAGGAUGUCUUUUUAUUUCCAGAAUGGAUUUGAUUCGCGUCCCCUGCAUUGUUCUGCUGUGGACAGUAGUGUGGAGUACCUAAAGCCUUAGAGGAGUCCGACACACUUUGUUUUUUAUUUAUUUUUUUAGACGCACCUUCAGUUGCAAACAAUUUUAACUCUUGCGUGGGUAUUUUGUGUGCUGUUCCCCCCCCCAAAAUGGAUAUUACAGUGUCCGAACUCAUGUCUAACUUCAUGGAUUCGCCGCUUGUGGUUUGGGUCAAGACUUUUGGACCCCUUGGGUCCGGUUCAGAAGACAAACUCUCCAUGUUCAUGGAUUUAGUGGAUGGUGUCUUCCUCCAUAAGAUAAUGACACACAUAGACCCAAGCCCCAUGAAUCAGCGAGUCAACAAACAAGUCAACAAUGAUAUCAACCUGAGAAUACAGAACCUCAACACUGUCAUCCGACACAUCAAAAACUACUACCAGGAGCAUCUUCAGCAGCUCAUCCUCAUGAACCUGCCCAAUGUGCUGGCCAUCGCCAAGGACCCAUUAUCAGGUAAAAGCAUGGAGGAGGUGAAGAGACUGCUGUUGCUGAUACUGGGCUGUGCUGUUCAGUGUGAUCGUAAAGAAGAAAUGAUUGAGAAGAUCAAGCUGCUUGAAAUUGAAACACAAGCCGCCAUCGUGACGCACAUUCAAGAAGUAACUCACAACCAGGAGAAUGUUCUGGAUCUGCAGUGGAUGGAAGUCGGGGAGAUUCCUGCUGAGCAGUUGGACCCUCUGUCUCGGACCAUGGCCUUUCACCUACGCAAACUCAUAGACGAGCGAGAUGAGUCUGCUGAGCUGAUCAUAGAGCUGACCCAGGAGAGGGACUAUCUUCAGUCCCAGCAGCCUUCCAGUCUCUUGGGCUUUCCCAGCCCUGAGCACACAUCUCUAUCCCCCGUCACCCUACUGUCUAAAGAAGAUCGACAGCAUUUAGCUGUGGAGCUGGCUGACGCAAAGGCCAAACUCCGGCGCUCCCGCCAAGAGUUAGAGGAGAAGACCGAGCAGUUGAUUGAUGCCAAGAACGAGAUUGAGCGCCUGGAUGCAGAGAUGCAGAAACUCAAGCAGGAGAACAUGCAGUUGCUGGCAGAGGCACGUUCAGUGCGGGCGUACCGUGAUGAGGUGGAUGCUCUGAGGGAACGUGCUGGAAAAGUGGAUCGCCUGGAAACCGAACUGUCUCGCUUCAAAGAGAAGCUAAAUGAUGUCCAUUUCUACAAGACGCGCAUAGAGGAGCUAAGAGAGGACAAUAUGACCCUGCUGGAGACAAAGUCAAUGCUGGAGGAGCAGCUUGCUGGGGCCAGGGGGCGCUGUGACAAACUACACGAACUAGAGAAAGAGAACCUCCAGCUGCGCUCCAAAUUGCAUGAUAUGGAAAUUGACAGGGACAGUGAUAAGAAACAUCUAGAGGAGUUGCUGGAGGAGAACAUGUUGCUGGAGAUCUCUCAGAAGCAAAGCAUGAAUGAGUCAGCUCACCUUGGCUGGGAACUGGAGCAAUUGGCCAAGAACAAUGAGGUCAAUGAGGCCCGUAAGUCAUUUGUAUUUGAGCUGAACGAGACCGCAUCUAGCCGACUGUUGAAGCUGGAGAAGGAGAACCAAUGUCUUCAGAGCACCAUCCAGGAGUUGAGAGAGGCCUCCAUUACCAUGGAAGAAGGUCACCUGCACGCACUGGAACUGGAAAGAGAGAAUCAGAGCCACAGCAAGAAGUUGGAGCGUCUGCAGUCCCAGUUGGAACAGGAGAAACAGACAACUCAGGACAUGGAGAACCUUGGAGAGGAGCUGCUAAAAGACAAACAAAGACUGGAAAAAACUCUAGAGACAAUCCAGGCAGAUAAAGACAGACAGAUCUCAGAGUUGGAGCAGGAGAAAGAGCACCUGACCCAGGCCAUGAACUCCCUCAGGAAACGUGCUCAGGUGAACAGCGAGGCGCGUGUGAGGGAGGUGGAGACAGAAAACCGUGUUCUCCACCAGACCAUCUCUGAAACUGGCAGUAAACUGGCUCGUCUGGAGGCUGAGAAACGACAGGCGACUAAAGAGCUUGACUCUCUCCGUGAGCGAGGAGAGCACUGUGAGGAGUUGGAAAGGGAGGUAACACGUCUGGAGCGAGUCCGAGAACAGCUACAGAGGCAAGCUGCCUCCUUAAAGAUUGGCAGUGAACGCGCCGAGGCCCUGGAGCGUGAGAACGCUACUCUGGAACAAGACAAUAGGCGGCUGAAGAAGCUGGCUGACGCGGCGCAGAACACCAGCCUUCGCUUGGCUGUUCUGGGGAAGGAUCACCAGCAACUUGAGGAGGAGAACCUGGAGCAGCGACGUGCCUUGGAGACCCUGCGGCCGGCUGCCGCUCGCCUGGCUCAACUACAGCAGGAACAUGCCGAACUAGAGCGGGAACACGAGGAGAUGUGCCGCACGCUGGAGGAGCUCCGCUCCCAGGCCAAGAGAAGUGAAAGACUAGAGAAAAACUACAGCAGUCUGAGCCAGGAAAACCAACGGCUCCAGCAGACCCUGGACAACAGCGCCACCAAGAUUCAGGGUCUGGAGGGCGAGCUGAGGCAGAAUGAGGCAGAGAUGAAAGAUCUGCGGCGAGAGUUGGAGGGGUUGAGGCAGAUGGUGUCAUGGGCAGAAGCAGUGGAGAAAGAGAAGAGAGGAAUGGAGCAGGAAUUGGGCCAGGUGGAGAAGGAGAAGAAGCAGCUGGAGAAGGAGACACGUAGGUUGAGGCAGCAGUUGGAGGUGAAGGAGACAGCGCUGGAAGAGAACUGCCUCAGGCUGGCUAGCAUGGAGAAAGAAAGCACGGCUCUCAAUAAAGAGUUGGGCCGCCUUAAAGAGGCUGCAGGGAGAUAUAAAGAGCUGGAGAGAGAGAACAAAGACCUGCAAAAACAGGCCACCAUUGAUAAGAAGACUCUGGCCACACUAAGAGAGGAGCUGGUGAACGAGAAACUGAGGGUGCAGCAGCAGUGUAAUGAACUGGAGAAGCUGAGCCACGAGCUGGAGAAGAUCGGCUUGAACCGAGAGAAACUCCUACAGGAAGAACACAGCUGUGAAGACAAGUUGAACAUUAAUGCUGCCCUACAGACAGAGAAAAAUCUUCUGAAGGAGCAGCUGAAGCAGUUAGGUUCCCAGAAUGCACAGCUCAACGCACAAACACUAGCUCUGCAGAAACAGGCAGCAUCCUUACAAGAGCACAACACCUCUCUUCAUAAAGAUACUGCUAAACUGCAGGUGGAAAAUUCGACACUAAGCUCCCAGAGCUCCUCUCUCAUGGCUCAGUACGGAGCUUUACAGGCUCAGCUGCAAACUCUGGAGUCAGAGGCCGAGUCUCUUCAGAAACAGCACGAGGAGGCGUGUGCGGCCCGCGACCGGGUCACACAGGACCACGAGCGCCUGCUUGCUGUGCAUGAAAGGCAAGCGACUGAGUAUGAGCAGCUCAUGACCCGACACACAGAACUGAAGGGCAACCAGAGAGCUCUGGAGCGAGAACACCGCGCACUGGAGAGCAACUACACGGUUCUCCUGAAGCAGAAGGACGCUAUGGAGGCACUGGAGGCGUCUCUACACAGGGACAGAGAGAGUCUGGGAGAGGAAAUUCACAAGAACACUCUUAUCCUGGGGGAGAACCGCAGUUUGAGAGAAGAAGUAGACAGGCUGACACAGCCACACAUGCAGCUGAGGCAGGAGUAUGACAGCCUGCAACUGCAGACCAAAGAACUGAAGACCUCUCUGAAUGAGUCCCAGCUGGAACUGAAUCGCUGGCAGGCGCGUUACGACCAACUGAAAGAGCAGCAUCAAGGCCUGGACAUCUCAAUGACAAAACUGGACAACCACUGUGAGCUGCUAACCCGUUUGAAAGGAAACUUGGAAGAGGAAAACCAUCAUCUUCUCAGUCAGAUCCAGAUGCUCAGCCAGCAAAAUCAGACCCUGCUGGAGAGAACCAUGGAGAGCAAAGAACUUUACCACGAAGAACAGAAACAAUACAUUGAUAAGCUGAAUUCUUUACGGCGACAGAAGGAGAAAUUAGAGGAGAAGAUCAUGGACCAGUAUAAGUUCUACGACCCGACUCCUAAAAAGAGCCGGCAUUGGGCUGGAGCCAAAGCAAUAGCGAAAUUCAUCAAACCUAAGAAAGAUAGUCAACGAGAACGAACUGACGCUCCACGCGAGAGAAUCCGAAGCGCUCCAGACAUCCCUCUGCCGGAGAUCCCCACAUGUAUAGACUGUCCCGAGAGCGCAACACCCCUUCCCCUUCCACCGCUGCCCCCCAGACAGUCACGUCUCAGUCUGGACUCCAUGAACAAUCACUCUGCAGAGGAGAAUCAUAUACAGUCCCCGACACUUUCACCCGCCCCCAACGGCCAAGUGUUGAACGACAGUGGAGGGUCCAGAGGCAGAGAGGGCUAUCGCUCAGUAGGGGGUGGUAGUGAGAGCAUGAACGGGUACGAAGAACUGAUCCGGUGGCGGGGUCGAGAGCCAGGAGCCACCUGUUCAACUCCACUGAGCCGCAACUCCCACAAUGCACCAGGCUACACGCCGUCCUCCAGCAUGCGGCCGGGACGCAGGCCAAAGGGUUUGGUCUCAGAGGAAGACUUGCGCCAUCAUUCCCCAGAUGCUGGCUUUGGGAGCGGUGUCCAUGGAAACACAGGCCACCGGCCCAGCUCUGCCGAAUUCACCUCCAGCAGCAAUUCCCCUGUCAGCUCCAAAGGUUCUCUGGACUGCCUGCAGGGCCGAUCUGCCAGUCUGUCCAGUGAUGAUGUUGUCGGACUGGGACAUGAAGGCUCACGUCUCAGUCAGUCAUCUCUGAUUCCUCGUAGCUCCACCCUUCCCUGUGAUGCCCUGUCUGCUUCACGCUCUUCCCAGCGGCCCACCUCUCAGCGGCCAUCCUCUCCUGGCAGCGAAAUGGUCAGCCUGGAGGAGUUCUUGCAUGAGAGUAACGCCCUGUCCCCACCCACUGUGCAGACAGGAAGUCGAGAGGAUCUGAUGACUGAUUAUUUCACCAGAUCUACUCGACCUGUCCCUCUGCGAGAUGGCGCUAAAACCCCCACCAAUUAUGUCACGCCAACCAUCAAGACUACUCCACCAGAACUAGAUGGUCGGGUCCCAAAACCUGGACACAGUGUCAAACCGAGCGUUCGGCUCACGGAGACCGCCACACCUCCUUCUCAUUCGCAAACCCUUCCUAACAGAGGAGCAGGACUGAGGUCUGCACCUUUGCAGCAGUCCAGUCCUCGCGGAGGUGUGGGCAGCAGCACCAGCCUGAGUCGUACAUUUAGCCUGGCCUCCGCAGACCUCCUCUGCUCCAACGGGCCGGAUACUUACCGUAACGAGGCAAAUUCUCCCAGCCAAAACGAAGUGGUGGUGAGGAGGUCUGGAGUAGUCAACAGAGAAAGACCGAUGUCCGCUAGGCUGGCUGGUUCUUCGCCGCUGCCUGGAGACCCAGGGCACAUAUCCGUGGACCCCCGCCGUUUAUCUCUCGCUCCACCGAGAGAUGAGUUGUCCCUAGCUAGUCCGCCUCCAGUGCACUGUUCGUCUAUGUCAUUGCAGGCUGAACGGGAAUACAUUGGGAGCGGUAGCAGCAGGGCAGGAGCGGUCCGUUCUGGACCUGCUCAAACCCAAGCAGCCCCCCAUCGUGGUGAGGUGGCCAUGGUGUCUCCGGUGCGAGCCAUAUCGGCGCUGAGGCUGAAGGAUUUGGAGGAGGAACCUCGGGAGCAAAGGCAGGCAGAGUCGCCUGUGUUGAAGAAAGCAGACACUGCGGACUUAAGCUACGCCACCAAGGAGCAGCCCACCAGCAAGCCUGCUUCUCCAGACCCCAACAAUGACCCUCAGACUGUUUGGUAUGAGUACGGCUGUGUGUAGAACCUCAGACUUGGUUAAGAAACACAUAUGAAACUGCACCGUUAACAAAUAAAAUCCCCAGGCAGCUCUGGGAGACUGGUCAUGUCCUUCCUCUCUAAGUUUCUCUAGGUGCUUCAAAGGCACCAGUUGCAUUUGAAGGUCUUGCACAUGUUCACACUGACCUGAAAACUAAUGUAUGGGGCACUUGAAUGUAUUUUCUCCCUUCGUAUCCAAUUGAAUGCCAUUGAUUUCCGCAGCUCUCCACAGCUCCAUGGCAGGCCAGUUCACGUUCUAUUCUGAAUGUGGAAAACAAACGUUGGGCUGUGUGCUAGGAGCCACUCCCAGCGUAAUUACUGAGUAGCGACUGCAUCCAUCUUUAGGAGGCGCAGGACAGUUGCAGGUCCAUCACCGAGACAGCCUCAUAGGGACCCAUUACGGGAAGCGGCCUCUCUCUCAUUCGCUCCCUGCUGACAUACCAAACAAUCUGCUCUUUUCUGCUUCUUGUGGGUGACCAUGUAUUCGCUGUAGGACCUGGGUUUGGCUCAGACUGCGUUCAGAAGCACGCAACACUGAGCCAGAAAGAGAGACGGACAGAAGAUCAUUGGACAUGAGAAUAAGAAAGCACCUACCUUGUGAUAUAAGGUGGAAGAAUGUAUCAGGAAUCGGUUUUGAGGGGGAAUCUGGAGUGCUGGACAUGUUGGCAAGUUUCACACAAGCAUUUAAAAUAGUACUAAAAAGAAAUUGAAGUUUAGUUUGGUGUUUUUUUUUUGGUUUGUUUAGUUUUGUUUUUCCAACACAUUCAUUUUAUAACACUGCACAACUGUUCUUUUAUUGGUUUAUUUAUUAAUGUCCUUGAGACAAUUAAUGACACUUGUUUGUGUUGUUGUUUUGAAGUGUGUGUAUGCAAGUGUAUGCCUCAUUUUUCCAAAACUGCUUUUUUGUUUUGCGUGAUUGAUUGGUUAAGUCUGAUGAUGUUGAACACUGGAAGAACGUAGUCUGAUUAUAAUUUUUAUUUUUCGUAAGAGAAGUAUGUAGGUAAAAAAGCCCAUGGAAUCCUGGAAUCCCUCACUCAUGUCACCAACCUAGCACCCAUUGUUCCUUGUCAGUGGUGCUUUUCUGCCAUCUCAUGUCACCAUCUCCAACUUCUGAUGGUCUGCAGGGGCUUUCACAAGUCAAAGGCAAGAGCUGAUCACCAAAGGCAAUGGUGUAUCUUCAUAGAAAUAUAUUUGGAUCAGACAGUCUCCUGUUUGAAUGUGCACAACUACUGGUUAAAUGAUUUUAGAUAAACAGUUGUUUUUAUACACUACUGCACAUGAACAUAGAUCAGUGCCUGUAAGAUAUUGUGUGUUUGAUGUAAGGAGUAAAUACCCUAACAACCUUUUACACUUAAUGUUAAGUUUAUUGUGAAUGAUAGAAGCCUGUUUAGAGAAAGCUGUUUUCCAAAACCUGAACUCUUUGUAAUAAAGCUUUUUUUAAAUAA